UGUAAGCUGGAACUGGUGGUGGGCAGUCCUGCUUCGUGCAUGGAGCUGGAGCUGUAUGGUGCUGACGACAAGUUCUACACCAAGCUGGAUCAAGAGGAUGCGCUGCUGGGCUCCUAUCCUGUAGAUGACGGCUGCCGCAUCCAUGUCAUUGAUCACAGUGGCGUCCGGCUUGGAGAAUAUGAAGACGUGUCCAAGGUGGAGAAAUACGAGCUCUCACCGGAAGCUUAUGACCGGAGGCAAAAUACAGUUCGGUCGUUCAUGAAACGCAGCAAGGUAGGCCCAUACAACGAAGAACUCCGGGCGCAGCAGAAGGCUGAGGCCGCCCAGCGCCUCAGUGAAGAGGAGGCCCAAGCCAGUGCCAUCUCUGUGGGUAGCCGUUGUGAGGUGCAGUCACCUGGCCAGUCCCUUCGCCGGGGCACUGUCAUGUAUGUAGGACUCACAGAUUUCAAGCCAGGCUACUGGGUUGGUGUCCGGUAUGACGAGCCCUUAGGGAAAAACGAUGGCAGUGUGAACGGAAAACGCUACUUUGAGUGCGAGGCCAAGUACGGUGCCUUUGUCAAGCCAUCGGCUGUCACCGUGGGAGAUUUCCCAGAGGAGGACUACGGGUUGGAUGAGAUGUGAUGCUGAAAGGACAUCCCCUGAUCUGGCCCCUGAUAGAGCCCCUUUGUCUGUAUGCCUGUGGCCCUUUUCCUCAGAUCCUGUUUAAUUGUAUUCACGUUUGUCUGCCAUUGACUUUUCAGAUUUGUGCAUUAAAUUAAUCAGAAUCCAGGAGGA